ACACCAACUGGUUCAUUUAAUUCUAAUGCACUUAUUCUAUCAACCGAACACCUUCCUCAUCCUAUUACUUCAGUUCCCCAUUAAUCUAGGAGCCUGAUUAAUUUAUAGGAAUUGGAAGCGAAGCUCUUGUAAAGAUUUUGUUCAUGUUGGGACUCAAGUCAAAAACAAAACUUGUUUGACAAUUGUUUGGCUUUGGAAAUACAGCAAGGGUGCCUUUCCCUGGCAGACUUCGGAGGAGUCUAUGGAUGAAACCAGAGAUGACACAAACCCACAGUACCAAGGACUUACUGGCCUGCGUAAUUUAGGCAACACAUGUUAUAUGAACGCUGUAAUACAGUGCCUUUGCAGUGUAUCCCCACUGGUGGAAUAUUUUCUCUCUGGAAAAUAUAUAGCAUCACUAGACAGGGAGAAUGGAGAGAUUGCAACUGCCUUUGCCUAUCUGAUGAAUGAUAUGUGGCUUGGGGACUUCGACUGCGUCUCUCCAGAAGUCUUUAGAUUGGUCAUUGGUGAGCGAUACCCUACUUUCAUCAAGAAAACCCAGCAGGAUGCUCAGGAGUUUCUGAUAUAUGUCUUGAAUGAACUACAUGAAGCUCUCAAAAAGACAAGUAAGAAGAAAAAUCAAGGUAGCUCCUCGACUGCUUGGGAAUCCAGGAGUUGCCUUGGCGAAUCCUCCAUUAUCACCCGACUUUUUGAAGGACAUCUUAGCUAUGACAUUAUGUGUUUGGAAUGUCAAACCACUACUUACAAAAAUGAGAUCUUCACUGUGCUCUCUCUACCAAUACCUUAUGAAACGGAAUGCUCACUCGAGGAAUGUCUUGAUUGCUUCUUUCAGCAGGACGUGCUGACUUGGAACAACCAGAUUAACUGCUCCUGCUGUGGAACAAAGACAGAUGCUGCAGUGAAAGCCAGCAUAGCCAAAUCACCCAAGAUGAUCAUCUUUCACUUAAAGAGAUUUGAUUGUCAAGGCAGUUACAAAAAGAAACUUAAAACUGACAUCUACUAUCCAUUAAAUAACCUGGACUUGUCUCCUUAUAUAUAUCCACUUUUUCGGAAAAAUCCAAAAUACAACUUAUUUGCUGUAGUGAACCAUUUUGGAGAUCUGGACGGUGGCCAUUACACUGCAUUCUGCAGACACACACUCACCCAAAACUGGUACAACUUUGAUGAUUCCCAGAUCAACGAGAUCCCAGAAUCUUCUGUACAAACAUCUGCUGCCUAUCUUCUGUUUUACAGCAGUCAAGCAUUUUCUGUGCCUGUAAAAAAACAAAAUGUCUAGGAGAGCCAUGUAGUAGGUUCCCAUGGCCCAGUCAAAAUUGGUCCACGCUUUCGUUGUCAUUCAAAAACAGCUGCACUUUUCUCGUGUCUCUUUGGAUUGUACUGAUGGAGUGACUUAGAAGCUGGUCCUUCCAUGCCACCUUCUUUCAGUGAAAAGAAUGCUAAUCGGUGAGCCUUACACAGAAUGUGGCACAACACCUGCAGUUAAAUAAAUUCUUCUUGGGCAGCCAGA